CUCCGCCAAUCACCGGCGCCGCUCGGAGCCGGCGGCGGCGUCCCCGCGGGCCGGGCCGGGCGAGGCCGCGCCGAGCCUGCGGCUGGCUGCCGGGCGCCCGGCGAGCGCCCCGCCAUGGGCACGGUGCCGUCGGCGCUGAAGCAUUGCCUCAGCUACCAGCACCUCCUCAAAGAGCAGCUGUGGAUCGGGGAGCCGGCCGCGCCGCCGGCCGCGGCCCCGCACGCCGGGCAGGAGUCUCAAGCAUCUGGACUGCCUGAGUACAUAAAGAUUGUAGAAGUUGGGCCGAGGGAUGGAUUACAGAAUGAAAAGGUGAUAGUCCCAACUGAUAUCAAAAUUGAGUUAAUCAACCGGCUUUCCAAAACAGGCCUGCCUGCAAUUGAAGUGACCAGUUUUGUUUCAUCCAAAUGGGUGCCUCAGAUGGCAGAUCACAAAGAAGUAAUGAAGGGCAUUGAGCGGCAUCCUGGAGUCCAAUAUCCUGUUCUCACGCCUAAUCUUCAAGGUUUUCAUUCUGCUAUUGCAGCAGGAGCUACAGAAGUCUCAGUAUUUGGUGCAGCAUCUGAAUCUUUUAGCAAAAUGAAUAUUAAUUGUUCAAUUGAAGAAAGCAUAGAAAAAUUUGAAGAAGUUGCUAAAUCUGCAAGGAAUAUGAAUAUUCCAGUGCGUGGGUAUGUGUCAUGUGCAUUGGGAUGCCCAUAUGAAGGAAAUAUCGUACCAGCCAAAGUGGCAGAAGUAUCUAAGAGGCUGUACAGUAUGGGCUGUUACGAAAUCUCUCUGGGGGACACAAUUGGUGUGGGGACUCCUGGAAGUAUGAAAAGAAUGUUGGAAGCUGUUAUGAAAGAAAUUCCUCUGAGUGCUCUUGCUGUUCACUGUCAUGACACCUAUGGCCAGGCAUUAGCCAAUAUCCUCACAGCCAUACAGAUGGGAGUUGCUGUAGUGGAUUCAUCAGUUGCAGGACUGGGUGGAUGUCCCUAUGCAAAAGGUGCUACUGGAAAUGUAGCCACAGAGGAUGUGAUAUACAUGCUUAAUGGCCUGGGGAUCAAUACAGGAGUAAAUCUUUCUACAGUGAUGGAAGCUGGAAAUUUCAUCUGCACAGCUUUGAACAAGAAAACAAACUCAAAGGUUGCACAAGCUUCCUUCAAUACUGGAACUAUCAAUUAAAUGGAUUUUUUUGGCAGCUUAAUCACAUUUGUCAUCUACCUUGACCAAGAACAUAUCAAGAAAACAAAUAUAAAAAGACCAUUUCAGCAAAGAACCAAAAUAGAACCCAUACAUAACUUCUUAUUAUGAGAAGAGUUAUUGUACUGUACUGUCAAGAAUUGUCUGAUUUGUGAGAAAUAAAUGACUAGUACAGAACCCUGUGCUUGAUACUUAUACAAGUGAAAAAAAUGUAAAAACACCAGGACAUAUUACCAUGUUUUAAAUUGAAUUUUAGUUCUUUUCAGGAAAACUGGAUAGAAGCAGUGAAUACAUAGUUAAUUUUUAAUCAAGAUGACUUCUAGAAUAGUACAAAUAUUUACAGUAGUUUAUGAGAUCCCACACUGUGUGUGGCCGUUCUAUUAUGUGUUUUAUUUAUCUGAAUCCUUACUUUUCAUUUGUCAAGUUAGUUCUGUUAUGAACAUGGAGCCAAAUCUGAAUUCACCAUAAGAAUUUUUUAGCAAUAGCACUUUUUUAUUUUUUCCUUGUUUAACAUCUGUUAAGUUAUGGAUGACUUUAUCUUGUUCCAAGACUUUGUGGUGAAUGGCAGUCUGCCAGAUCCUCUGAAUCUAAUGCAAAUUUCCUUAUUUGUUACAUAUGUUAAAUUUGUUGUAGUUACUUUUUUUUCAUCAACUGUAUUAAAACCUAAUUAUAUGAAGCAACUGAAAAUUGGCAAGGUUUUCAACCAUCAUUCAGGAUAAUAGUAGUGUAGAAGGAGCUAAAUUUUUGUCCAAGAUCUCAUCAAACAAUUUGAUUUUUUAUUCUAUAGUCUAUGAAUUUACAUUCUCACUUAUAAGUCACGGGUUUUUGAGGAUAAUAAUAUUCUGCUAGGCUAAUUGCACAAAGGAAACCACUUAUAAUUUUUUUCUGUGCUCUGCUGGUAAUGAUACUGUUCUUUUACAUGUAUUAGUUCAGCAAGAUGCCAGUGAACUGCACUGUUAUUUUUAGAUUAAUAAUGGACAAAUACAAAGAAGAGCCUUAUCCUAUCUAUAAGCUGUUCAAAUGUGCCAUGAAAAUAUUGUCAUUUUUUUAGCCUGAAACAUCAGUACUGUUAUUGAUUGUUUGUCUAGGAUCCUUCUGUAAUUCUCUGUGUACUUAACCUUGAUCUAUAUUUUUUCUGAACGUAAUGUGUUAACAUGAAAAUCUAAAACCCUGGACUAUGAUCUUUUUCUAUCUCCAUUCUCCAUUUUCCUCCAAAAUAUGAAAGGUUGGAAAAAGGUAAGAUGAAAGAAAGUGAAAGAUAACAUGUAAAGAAGGAAAAGGCUGAAUCAUUUUUGUCUGAAACUCAACUCUGCCAAGUUACAGCUGAGUCUCAGUUUGCCUUUGAAAUUCUGAAACGAAUGUUUUUAGCCAGUGUUGUAGUUUAGAAUUGGCACAUCUUAAGAAAGUCAAACUCUGCAUGCCAGGUAACUCAAAGCUAUAAAUUUGAUAUAAAACCCCUAUCCUGUUUCUGCUGUAAUGAUAGUCAAAACUAAUGUAAGCUACAUUGUUCCACUCUUCUCAUGGUAACACUCAAAGAGUAAGCAAAGAAAUGUGUUCAGGUGAGGCAGGAAAUAUCUUGCCUAUCAAUCCAAAACACUAAAUUGCACCCCUUCCUGUGGUACCUAAUAAGACUUUCAGGUACUUUUAAAGAUGUGAACACCCUGAUUUUCUUGACCUGCUCUGGGUGCAUAGUUGGAUCACAGCAGAAAAUACUCUGUCCUCAUUUUCCCAUGUUUCAGCUGGGGCUUUGUUAUUUAGCAGCCACUAUCGCUCAUAUAUCAAAACAUGAACUUUAAUAAAACCAGAUCUUGAACCAUUCACAGAUUUAAAAAUUCUGUAAUGAAUUAGAUCCAAUGAAGAAGUAAGGAAUCUGCAGCAGUAUUUAGGCUGAACUUAGUGUAAUAAUUAGUAGUUAAGCCUAAAUGAGAUGCCAGAAUUGACAUCCUAAAGACUCCCUGAUUCAAGUGCCAUUUACCCCUGCAGGUGACUAGCCACACUGUAAUACUUUUUUGUUUAACAGUGAAUUUCCUCAUAUAUUUAACAGUAAUUUCCUCUUUAGUUUGCUUCUGUGCAGGCACAGAAUUAGCUCAUUUAGAGCCAAAAUCUGCAGUUCUCAUGUAGGGCCUGAUGAAUUUUCUUCCACCCAAGAUCCUGUGAACAUGUUUAACCAACAAGUAAGAUUGAGGCUCUCAAAGAAUGAAAGUGAAGUCACCCCUUGAAAAAAAGUAGUUGUGAUACAAACAAUCUUUUAAAUAUUAGCAUGAAUGUUGGACUAAACAACUGAUCUGAGAUUACCUUGCUACUGAGACGGGAGAUUCAGAUGCACAUUUUAUGGCAUCCUAAUCAAUGGAUCUAACCACCUGGCUAUAUUCAGAACUGAAAAAGAACGUGCUUUCUAGCAAAUUCAGAUGAGGUUGUGCCACUGGGCACAACUACUUACUGAGACCAGUAGGAUCACAAGAAAAAAAGUCUCUGAAACAGAUUAUUUUUUUUCCUUGAAGAUGGUGGAGAGAGCUUCAGCUGUAGGCCAAGUUAGGAACUGAACUGAUACUGUCCACUUUUCUGAUAAGUAUACUAACUACAACACCUUAGAUAAAAGUGAGUGGUUUCCCUACUACCACAACUUUUGUGUUAAAUAAAAUACUUAUAUAGAGCGUAGACUAUAGAAUAAAAGAACUAGCUCUGCUCAGUUCUUUGGGAGUUCUAGACGUCUGUGUUCCUAAGUACCAUGAAGGAUUGCUGCCUCUGGUGCCAAGAGACGCUUGCAGUCUGGAGGAAUUUUCAGAUAUGCCUCUGCAUAGUGCAUCCUAGGCUUCUCAGCACCUGGGCUGUCAAGUUCAAAAUUCUAAAGCUCUUAACUCUCCCUCUGAACUGAUACAGGGUACCUAUUAAAUCGCAGGGAUGAACAACCUGAAAUGCCUCAGUUCUUUAUUGGGUCUGUUUUAGAAACUACCUGGGAGCUUGUGGAGAGUUCUAAAUGCAGGUCUGCUAUUCUGUAAUGAUGUGAGCAUUGGAAAAGAUGAGCCAUCACAUCUGGAGCCCGUUCUUCACUCGCACGUUCAGCUUCAGCCACAUAGUGAGUUAUAGUAAUCCAGGGUGGAGGUCACCAACAAAUAGAUUGUUUGUCAGGAUCGUUACAAGGGAGGAAGAAACAUAAAGCCAGAUUCAAAAAACCCCCAGUGUUUAUGUGCCAAAAGUGCCACCUGGGAUGAAUUUAGGCCUGUGGGUCCAGGUGAGCAAUCCCCAUAAAAUCCUUCUUUACUUGUAGUGUGACUGAGGAUCCUGAGACAUCUCAUGUUCUCGCUACUAAAAUUUGUUAGGCACAUAAAGUGCUGCUGCUCUGCUUUCCUAGGUGGGCAUUAUUUUAACAUUUUAACUGCACAGAGCAUUUUAAUGCCCAAUCUUUGGCUUCACAAAAUAGGUGUAUAUUGCCCUUAAGAUCAAGGGCUAAUCCAGUAGCUAUUCCAUGAGCAUGCAUCACUCACAUUGGCAGCAUUGAAUUCCACACAUAAUAAAGCAGCUGAGACUACAUCCCUUCAAAACCAUGGCAAGUCAUGAGAUAGUGCUACUGCUCUCCAGUGCUUCUGACUUUCUAAAUAUUUAUGCUUAUAUUCAGAGUGACCCAUUGCUAGUGGUGCCUGCAGGUGUUCUUAUUACUAUGUCAUUAUAAAAAUUAUAUAUAUAAAUAUAUAUAUAUAUAUAUUUGUUCAAAGGUAUCAGGAAAAAGCAACAGAAUGCUGAAUAUCAUGAUUACACUGUUGGAAUGUGAGGACAUGCUGUCUCCCUGUCUGUUUUGCUAAUGAUCCGCCGUAAAUGCUGAAAAGGGGCUAACGUAAACUCUGAGAGCAUGUGGGAGAGAAGUAGUAGUUACUGACUGCCUUCAGCAAGUAUUGUGGGACACAAAUUAGUUGUACCAAGAUACUUACUUCUAUGCUUUGGAGACUUUCUUCUGUAUCUCACUGUAUCACAGUCACUGCAGAGAUCUCACAGAACAAUAUGGGAUCAUCCUACUUGUGCCAUGGCCGUGGAGUAUGUAAACUGGAGUUCCCAGGGCAGUCUUUGGUCUGUGAAGGUUCAACAGUGAACCAAUGUGAUAUUGCUGGAAUUUUCUUUAAUACUUCUACAGUAUUUUUUCCUGUGUUGUUGGCAAUAGCUAGUAAGUCAAAUAGUGGCUUCUUUGGCUGGUCAAGAUACUAUGUUAUUCUAAAGGUAUGGCUGGUGUGCUUUUUUGAAGGAGAAUGAUCAAUGCCAUUAGUAAUGGGCAUAAUUGUUCUUCAGUGCCUUUCACAAAACAACAAUGACAUGAAUCCUGUGCAUGGAUAGUGCUAAUGCCUUACAGCAGCAGCUUCCUUUGUAGUUUAAACUUUGAUGUAUUAGGGCAACUUGGCUCUGGACCAGCACUUUAAUGUUUCAUUUUCAUGUAUAACCAGAGUUUAUGGAAAUAGGAAGUGAAUAUUCUGUUCUUGUGAAUAAGUCCAGAGAGGCUUUGGCUAAUUUUUCUUUCUUAAUAGCGUCAUUUGAGUUCAUAAAACUUUUAUUAUUGUAAUAAGGAGUCACAAAAUGAAGACUGCAAGUCUGUGAGGUAAAAUUCCCAUGUUUGGGAUCAGUGGUGGUGAAAUGAAACACUACUUGUCCAAAGAGUUAGUUAAAGGUAUAAGAUCUGCCUAUUUUUCAUGGAGUUAUUUUUAAGGGGUAGAAAUAUUGUUUAAUUACUGUGACACUGAAUUUUUCUGCGAUUUCUCAGAUUACCUUAAGUUCUCUUUAUGGACUGUGAAGUGUUUAGAGAACUGACUGAACAAAACAAUCAGUUUGGAGAAGAGAAUGAACUUGUUUUCCAGUUCUUGACUUCCUGAUCAAUGCUUUUUGUUAUGCUAUAUUUCUGAAGAUUAUUUUCCUCUACAGUCCUUCUUUAAUGCAGUGUUGAUCUUCAUUGCUGCAAUAACACAGCAUGCAGAAGGACUACAGCCAAAGUCAACUUAGACCUUUGAAACUGAUGUCAAAGAGAUGAUAUGUUUGUUAAGGAAUUGUCAUGUAUCCUCUUGGUUAAAUGCAUUUGUGAUUUUGCAAUAUGUGGUGGUGUUAAAGCUGAAAUAAAAUCUAUCUCAGUGUUUAUUGAAA